AUGAAAUGCGCAACUUUAGUUUUAAUGAUUUAUUUAAAUGCUGGUAUUGUUAAAAAAGACAUUGGUUCUGCUAUUAUUGAUGGAUUAACAAAUACUGCUACUGCAUUUGGUUAUGGAAUCAAAAACACUAUAACUGAUACUAUUGAAGCCGGAAAAGAAAGUUCUAAAGAAAAUAAAUUGAAUGAAGAAGAGAAAGAUGAUCAAAAUUACAAGCGUAGACCUAGUAUUGGUGGUGCAAUUGUUGGUGGAUUAAUUGGUGGCUUUGUAAAUACCACUAAAGCAAUCUAUGGUGGAGUAAAAGAAACUGUUAAUGAAUCAAAGAAAAAAAGUAAAAGAUCAACAGAAACAAUAUUUGUACCUAUUGAAUAUGUUCGUGAAUAUGAAGAAAAAACUACUACCACUUCAGCUUAUAACUUUAAAAAAGAAUGUCAAUGUAUGUGUGAUAAUGAAGAAUUACAAUAUGUUCCUCCAGAAACUAUAAUUUCUCAACCUGAAAUACAAAAACUAUGUCAAUGUAUAUGUGAUAUUAAAGAAUUUUAUGAUGAACCUAAAACUACUACUCCAACAACAACAACUACAACAACAAAACUUCCUGAAAUAAGACCAUGUAAAUGUAUUUGUGAAAAAGAACAAUUUUUCUUUGAUGAACCUACAACUACCACUACUACUAUUAAACCUAUUAAAAAAAAGUUUUGUAAAUGUUCAUGUUAUGAAGAAAAAUUUUUUGAUGUACCAACUACUACUACUACAACAACAACUACUACUACUACUACCACUACUACUACAACUCCAGCACCAAUAAUAAAACCAUGUAAAUGCAUUUGUGAAAAAGAAGAAGUAUUAUAUGAUAGACCUACAACAUCUACUAUUCCACCAGUUAGAAGAAAGUUAUGUAAAUGUUCAUGUGAAGAAGAAUUAUAUAAUGCACCAGUAAUAACAACUACAACAGUUCAAUCAUUAAGAAAAAGAUUAUGUCAAUGUAGAUGUGAUAAAGAACAAGUAUUUGACAUGCCUGAAACGACAACAAAAUCAAACAAAAGAAGACCUUGUGAAUGUAUGUGUGACAAUGAAGAAACUUAUUAUGAUCCUGGAGCAACAAAUUCAGAUGGCAACUUAAGUAAUAAAAUGAUUGCUUCUACAGUUGUAAUAUCUCAUCCAGUUACAGAAACUCCAUUUACUUCUACUACAACCAAAGCUUUAGAAUGUGUAGCAAGUAAAACAUGUUAUUCUAAUGCUGAUUGUAAUGAUGGUACAUGUAUUGGAGCUUUUGUUGGUACUUGUAAUUGUAAUGCAUGUAUCUCUUAUUUACCUUGUAAGGAUGACUCAGAAUGUGGAGGCCUUAUUGGAGGUUGUGAUUUAAACAAUAAAUAUUGUGAUUGUCAAAAAGCACAUGCUAAAUUUGGAUUUCCUGAAUUAAUUGAUGUUUUAACUAAUUUCUGUCAUAAACGUAAAUGUGAUGGAAAAGUUAAUACAUGCAAUGGAUUGCCUUGUUAUUCAGGUAUUUGUGUUUGUUAA